AUGGCACUCAUCGUCUGCACGCCGUCCGAGGCAGACGCCCCCGCGAUAUCAGACGUGCACCUCCGGGCCAUGGACGAGAACCUCCUCACGCACGCGCAGUUUCCGAGUCCAGAGGGGUUGCGGUUCUUUCACGGGUGGUUGGCGAGGGACACGGUUGAGCAUUUGAGAGAUGGGGAUGGUGAUAAGGGGGUUUUGGUGGUGAGAGAGGAGGGGGAGGAGGGGACGGGGACGGGGAGGGUUGUGAGUUUUGUGAAGUGGCUCGUUCAUCGGCCUGGGCGUGAUGAUGAGGGGGAUAUGAAGAAGAAGAAGGAGAAGAAGGAGGAUGAGGAGGAGUGGCCGGAUGUUGCGAGGAAAGAGUAUUUGGAUCCUUAUGCGGAGUUGACGGGGAGGGUGAGGGAGGGAGUUUUAGGGAGGGGGACUGCUUAUUAUCGUGACUGGGCCGGACGCGGAGCCGCAACGCUACUUAUCAGAAGAGUCCAGGAGCUCGCUGCGGCGGAGGGGCUACCUAUCGUGCUGGAGGCGACGAUGAACGCUGUUGGGUUUUACGAGAAGAUGGGGUUUGAGGUGCGGGAUGAGUUGUCGAUGGUGUUGCCGAGGAGGGGGGCGGAUGAGCCUACGGAGGUUUAUGAGGAGAGGUGUAUGGUUUGGGUGCCGGGGAGGGGGAUUGUGAUAGGGUAG